AAGUGAAAAAUAAAGCUUACCCCAUUCCUGGAAAAAAGUGCAUCGCAAACGUGUGUGUGUGCGUGUGUCUCUAAUUGUGCCGCACGUGAAAACGUAACCGUAGGCAGUAAAAGAAAGUGCGAAACACAAUUACAACUUUCAAUGCUCAGUGCCGCCGGUAGCAUAAAAGGGCAUCUGAGUACGGUAUCCGAAUGAGGAGGGGAGUAAAAGUGACUAUCAGCGAAUAGAAAUAAAGCAAAACUACUGUACAAACACGUUAAAAAAGUGAAAAUAUUGCAAGCCUCCCGACAACAUAACGCGAUAGUAAUCAUAGUAAUCCGUUUCUUGGCAGCAUGACCCGGUGCAGAAGAUAGGUUGUGGACGGUUACCAAAACAUAACCAACAACGAUACAAGUUGUCAAAUAUUUGCUUGUUGUGUUUGCUGCGUGGUGUGAAGAAGUAACGCACGACUAACGCCCAUCUGGUGGCGCAUCUGCGGGUGAAAGUUCAAGGUUUGCCCCAUUUGACAUCGCCAGAAGAACAGUUCACUACGGGAGCGGUAACAUGAAAUUGUCCAGGCAUGCCGACAGCAUGCAAAUACGGGCACUGCUUAAAAAAGACUAUCUCGUCCGGAUACGACAGCCAUGGAUGACAAUCAUUCAGUAUGUGUGGCCGUGCAUGAUAUUUGCCGCUCUCUACAUACUGAGAAAUAGAUUCCAAGCGGUGGAGAUCAACGACUGCCAGUUCCCGACCCGUAACCUACAGGCGAACGGUAUCUUGCCGUUCUUCCAGUCCUACAUCUGCACGUUUGAGAACGAGUGCCAGGAUGCGAAAAGUUAUGCCGAAACGGAAGACUUCAACGAUGCGCCAGUAACACCCGUAGUUAACAUCGUCCAGAUCAUCCUGGAUAAUAACGCACUGUACGAUGCGAUCGUAAAAUUACCAAUCGAACGGAACUUUAUCGCCAGUGUUACCGCGAUCGUAUCGCAUGCAAAAUUUAAAGAAAUUGAGCGCAAUGGCGAUCGGUUGGUGAAGAUGCUACCCGAGAUACGCAAAAAGGUGGGUGAUCAAUUUGACAUACUGCAGCUUUUUUCGGACGAUCAGACGUUUUCAAAGUCGGGCAACAUUUUGUGCGGUCGGCCAUUCCCGCGCAGUGAUAAUAUUCGAUUCGUGGACAACAUUCUCUACACGCCGGACUACGCAGGCCCGGACAAGGAUGAGCUGGCAGUGAUGCCGACGCCUUACUGCAAGCAGUUAUACCUGGACGUAACAAACACUAACAAUGGCAAGAUUACCUGGCGCUUUUUGAAACCGAUCCUGCAGGGAAAGGUUUUGUACGGGCCGGCAAACGAGCGGAAUGACGAAAUUAUGAAACUGGCCAAUCAAACAUUCGCUGACAUGGGUAGGUUGAGGGAGUUUUUCCGUGCCCUUGAUACCACCUUGCAGUUGCUGCGAACCGACGACGAAGUACGCGAGAGCUUUCAAAGUUUGAUCAAUUUAGCAAAGAGUCCGCUGAUAAAGAUGUUCGUCGGAGGUAAUGUGAACAUUGAGCUGAUCGAGGAUAUGCUGAGUGGUAUUUUGUACGAUAACGAAGUUGCCAAAGCGGUGAACACAAUUGCCAAUAUUUUUGAUUGUUUUUCGGCCGACCGGUUCAUCCCCGUGUCGGAUGAGCAAACGCUAGAAGAUCGUGCAUUCGAGCUGAACCGCAAAAAGUUAUUCUUCGCGGGUGUAUAUUUUGAAAAUGGUACGACUGCAAACGAAAUCACGUACAAAAUUCGCAUGCGCACGGACGAUACACCGGUGACGGUUGAGAAUCGGAAUCGCUUCUGGUUCCCGGGACCGGAGGCAAGCUUUGAACUGGACAUGCGGUAUCAUCGAGGUUUCAUACAGAUACAGCACGCGGUGGAUAUGGGCAUUAUAAGGCAGGCGAAAAAGGAAAUGUUUAACAAACAAUCGAAGGAAAAACCCGAAGAUAGUUCACCCUUUGGAGGCGAGCUGGAAUUGACUGAUGACUUCAGUCAGGAGGACGAUCUUGACACUGAGGAUAAAAGCGUCGAAGUGAAGGAUAGUGAUGAAGAGGUGGAGGAAACCACCGCUACUCCUGCUUCUGUUUCAGAAACUACGACCGAGAACCUAUCGUCGCUUUAUGGAGAUCUAAGCAAACGGUUGAACGUGUCUCAGGAUGUACUGGAUCGCUUCGGUGGCGGAAGCAACAGUAGUGCGCUAGAAGAUUUUCUAGAUUUCAAAGACGACGAUGAAGAAGGCUCUAGUUCCGAAACGUCUACCACAACCACUGCUAUGCCUGUACUUAGCAGACAGAAGCGACAGUCGUUUCUUGAUCUGUUCUUUGGUGGUGGUAGCAAAAAGUCCACCAAUGAAUUGGAGUAUAAGGUUGCGAAUGAAAAGUUCUACACGAAGCAAUUCCCUUACCCAAAGUACACCAAAGAUGACUUUAAAAAGGGCCUAUAUCUUGCCCAGGCCAUUCAGAUGGCAUACUUCAUAGCGUUGAUCGUACAUGUUGCUUCAUCGGUGCGGCAAAAGAUCUGGAUGAAGGAGAGCGGCAAUUCGAUGCUGAUGCGGUCAAUGGGUCUUAAAUCUGGUUCGGAAACUGUUUCUUGGGUGAUCACUACGUUCAUCGAAAUUAGUAUCGUUUUCUUGAUUGGUCUCGCCAUUCUCUACGGUGGAGGCCUUCUAGUACACUCCAAUCAACUGUUCCUAUUCUGUUACUUGGUGCUGUUUGGCGUGUGCUUGAUCGGAUUCUGCUACAUGUGCUCGAUGUUCUUCAACUCUGCUAGCAUUGGAUCGGUGUCGACUGUGAUACUCUUCCUGAUAACAUUCCUUCCGUACAUCAUUAUCAUCGCACUGGGGGCAACGCUUUCCUCAGCGGCAAAGUUCGUCGCAAAUCUUUCCUUUUCGACUGCUUUCUGUUACGCCUGGCGUCACGUGAUCCGAAUGGAGCUUCAACAUCGCGGAGCGAAUUUCUCCAGCGCCUUCCGAGGGGCGAUAGCGGAGAAUGAUCUCAAGUUUGGCAUUCUAAUGGUUUUACUCGACGCCGUGAUCUACUUUACCAUAGGCUAUCUUUAUCAGUGUUUUAAGAAAGAUGAAACCACAUUCCAUACGGUAAAGCGUAUCAAACUGGACAAGAGCAUCGGAGCCGAACUGCGCAACGUGGACGUCGCGUAUGAAAAGGGGGGCAAGAAGGUGUUGAGUGACGUUUCCAUCACAUUCCGUCGCGAUGAAGUGACCUGCCUGCUCGGACGGAACGGUGCCGGCAAAAGCACAAUCAUAAAACUGCUUACAGGGCAGGUACGACCCAUUGAAGGAGACGUCCACUUACCGCUGGAUUACGAUUUCAUCUCCGGCAUAAGGAACAAUGCGGAGAAAAUUGGACUAUGUCCCCAAAACGAUGUGCUCAUACCGAAUCUUACCGCUAAGGAGCACCUGCAGCUGUACGCACGUAUCAAACUGACCCGUGGUUUCGAUACAGAGGUCUCACGGACGCUGGAAAAUCUGAAGAUGGGACCUUACCAGCACUAUCGAGCGUCGGAUCUAUCCGGAGGCUUCAAGCGACGACUGUGCAUUGCAAUCGCAUUCCUAGGCUCUCCAAAUCUGGUUAUUUUGGAUGAACCAUGCAGCAGCGUGGAUACGAAAGCGCGCAAGUACAUCUGGGAGUUAAUACAGACGCUGCGCAAGGACCGUGCCGUUAUACUUGCUACGCAUCAUCUAGACGAGGCAGAAUGUUUGAGCGAUAAGAUCGUUAUGCUGGAAAACGGAAAAGCAAUAUUGGAACAAUCGCAAGAAGAGUUGAAGAAACGAUUUACCAAUACGAUUUAUUUAAGCAUCUUUUUGAAACAUCAGACAGAUGUUGAUCGCACCGUAAUGAUUGCACAACUCAGUAAACUGCUGGACGGUACUGUUGAUUUGCGAUAUGACAUGAGUGCUACGCUUAAUCAACUCGACUUCAAGAUCACUUCAUCCACCAACGACAGUCAGGUGUUAAACAUUGAACCACUACUGGAACAUAUGGCACAGCUGAAAUCACAAAAACAGAUCGAUUCAUUCGAAAUUCGCAACGAAAACUUGCUCAAUAUCUUCAGCACAGUCAAUGCUAGCGAUCCAACACCUGCCGAUCCUAUGCUGCAAAAUGGAAAUGGUACCUCCGCAACGCACAUUCCAAACGGUUUCCAUGGGCCAAAAACGAACGACUCUAAGCUGAGCACUAUGUCCAUUAUGUGGACGCUGUUUUGCAAACGGAUGCGCCAUUUCAUGCGCAAUUAUCGACUGCUGGUGUGUUUGCUUGUGCUGCCAACAAUCUUUGAAAUAAUCGCGAUGGGUUUUAUGACGAUCCGUCCACCUGGGGAACACGAUCUUAUGGUGAAUUUUUCCACCGCACUCUAUCCACGAUCAGCCGAAUUCUACACCAAUGCAACCGAUGGUGACGAGUACCGGGACGCGAUUGUAUCGGAUGUUCUUGCCCAUUGUACGGAUGAGUACUGUAGCAUAUUCAACUCUUCGUAUGAAGCUUACCGAUGGGUUCUUUCUACCACUGAUGAUUACACGGAACGUCGGUACGGUGGCAUCACGAUCAAUAAGGAGAAGAAUAUCGUUUGGUAUAACAACAAGGGCUACCAUUCGAUGCCAACCUGGCUGAACAUGUUGGAUACAGCGGUUUUGAGAGCGGAAUUGAACGAUUCGAGCUACACAAUCCGCACCAUUAAUCAUCCAUUAAAGAUCGAGGAAGAUGAAUUAUCCGUAUCUUCGAUGCUGCAGCAAAUAGCCGAUGCGGGAAUUUCGCUGAUCAUACUGUUGGCCUUCAGCUUGGUCGUUGCCGGUGCGUCUGUGUACAUAGUGAACGAACGGAUACGCGGAGAGAAGCUACAGCAGCGCUUGGCCGGCGUAAACGUCUUCACCUAUUGGAGCGUAACAUACAUCUGGGAUGCUAUGAUCUUCCUUAUCGCUCUUGCAUUGGCCGUGAUCGUGUUCAAGGUGUUUGCGAUACCGGCCUACGUAGCACGUGAGCAGCUCGAGGGCAUCUGUCUGCUACUAGUGUUCUACGGCUUUGCAACCAUUCCGGCAGUUCAUCUGUUUGAGAAGCUAUUCACUGACGCAAGUUUUGCAAAUAUGUCGAUAUUUUGCUUGAAUGUCAUUACGGCCCUGGGGACACUGACGAUCAUCAUUCUCUUCGAUAUCCUCGGCGACACUGAUGAGUCGGAAAGAAUACGCAAUGCUCUGAAUCGAGCUUUUCUCGUGCUACCACAGCAUGCCCUCUCGGAUGGAUUAAUUGAAUUGUCUAAAAACUAUAUCACGGCAGAGAUCUUCAAGCGCUACUACAUUGAUUCGUACAAAUCGCCCGUAUAUAGUACUCUCCUUCAUCCGCAUCUUAUUGCCCUGGCGGUAAUGGGAUUCAUCUUCAUGCUGCUGAACAUUGCGAUCGAGUACAAAGUGGUACAGCGAAUCUAUAACCGGAUCGUAGGUACAUCUCAACCGAAGGUUCAUGACAUCAACGGGAUGGAUACGCCUGAUUACAGCACAGUGAUAAGCCGCGUGGAGGGAAAGAAAAAGUCCAUCACGGCUGAUCAAAUCCUGUCGGUGGACAAUCUACGGAAGAGAUAUCGUGGAUGUGGCGGUGGUGGAGGUGGUGCCAAGGGUCUCGAAGUAGUCAAGGACGUAUCCUUCAAGCUGCGUUACGGCGAGUGCUUCGGUUUGCUGGGCACGAAUGGUGCCGGCAAGUCUACUAUCUUUGCAAUUCUUUCUGGAGAGUUGCUUCCAUCCGGUGGUAGUUUUACGUUUUACAGUACUCACGGGCCAUCGUACUGUCCUCAGAAUAACUUCCUCGAUCCACUGCUCACCGUAGAAGAGGUGAUUGUGUUCUACGGCAAGUUGCGUAACAUCGAAUCGAUCGACAAGUUGAUAAUGGAAACGCUUAAAGAGUACCAUCUGGAGGCGUAUCGUAAAGUGUUGGUUAAGAAUCUGAGCGGUGGAAAUCGCCGAAAACUGUGCGUAGCCGUGUCUUGCUUCGGUCAGUCGGAAAUUAUCCUAAUGGAUGAGCCGACGAGUGAUCUAGAUCCGGUUACACGCUCCAUCGUCUACAGUACGAUCGAGCGAUUAAACGCCCAGAACCGGUCGAUUCUGCUCACUUCGCACAGUAUCUCAGAAAUCGAUCGGAUAUGCCAACGAAUAGCGAUCCUGAAGGAUGGUGAGCUGCUCACCGUCGAUACACCGGAUCGCCUGAAGGAACGCUUCGGACACAGCUAUCAGAUAACGCUCUAUCUGGAGGGUCUUCGGGAGGUGGACUUUUUAAGAGUCAUCAAGCGCGAAUUCAAUGUAACGCGGGAUAUUAUUUUGCACAAGAAUUCCGUCCAGUUUGUUUGCCAGAUCUAUCCGGAGGGUGGGUCGCAGCGGGAAGAGAAUGGAAAACCGCACAAAAACGGUCACGUCACUAUCAUGCUGGAUGAUACGGGCAGCUUGGUAGUAGCACCUGGUACUUCCACAUCCGCAACAGGCACGGCCAGUGAACUGUUCCUCAAGCUGCAGCGCUUCGCUCAGGCAAACAAGCUGCGAUAUACGAUUUCACGAUGUCAGAUGGAUCAGGUAUUCGAAAAUGUCCUGCAAAAUCACGAGGAAGACCAUGCUAAUCCAGGCUUCGACGACAGUUAGGGAGGAAUGGUUUAGGUUUUUUUUCUGUAAUAUAUAGAUACUGGUAGGAUUAAAAUUGGAAAUGAGAAUAAAACGAAGAAAACAGUGAGCUAAAAGCUGCUUUUUGAAA